GUCCGCGGGCCGAGCCGCCCGCUCCCGCUGCUCGCGCCGCCGCCCUCUGCCCGGCGUCCCUCACCCUGAGCCCAGUCCUGCCGGACUCGGGACCCGCCCUGCCCGACCCGCUCGACCGCUCGGGAAGAUGCGGCUGCUCCCGGAAUGGCUCCUCUUGCUCUUUGGUCCUUGGCUCCUUAGGAAGGCUGUCUGUGGCCAGAUCGUGGAGUCCGGGAGGCCCCAGUACCUAGACUUGCGUCCCGCCAUGGCCGGAGGGGGCGCCCGCGGCCAGCAGCUCCCAGCGCCCGCAUCUUCCGAGGGCCUGGGCAUGGCGCGCUCCUGGAGCUGGGCUUGGCCGGCUAACCACACCGGGGCGCUGGCCAAGCCAGGGACAGCCGGUGGCCCGUCCGUGCCGCGCACCAAGAGGAAGCCAUCCAUUAAAGCGGCCCGAGCCAAGAAGAUUUUCGGCUGGGGGGACUUUUACUUUCGUGUGCAUACCCUCAAGUUCUCGCUGUUGGUGACCGGCAAGAUCGUGGACCAUGUGAACGGUACCUUCAGUGUGUACUUCCGUCACAAUUCGUCCAGCCUGGGUAACCUAAGCGUCAGUAUCGUGCCGCCCUCCAAGCGUGUGGAGUUCGGGGGCGUCUGGUUGCCUGGGCCUGCCUCCCACCCUCUACAGUCCACGCUGGCACUUGAAGGGGUGCUUCCUGGAUUGGGGCCCCCUCUGGGGAUGGCGGGGCAGGGGCUGGGGAGCAACCUUGGGGGCGCACUUGCCGGCCCACUCGGAAGCGCGCUAGGAGUUCCUGGGGCCAAAGAGUCGCGCGCUUUUAAUUGCCACGUGGAAUAUGAGAAGACAAACCGCGCUCGCAAGCACCGCCCGUGCCUGUACGACCCGUCGCAGGUGUGCUUCACCGAGCACACGCAGAGCCAGGCCGCCUGGCUCUGCGCCAAGCCCUUCAAAGUCAUCUGUAUCUUCGUCUCCUUCCUCAGUUUUGACUACAAACUGGUGCAGAAGGUGUGCCCAGACUAUAACUUCCAGAGUGAGCACCCCUACUUUGGAUAACGCCCCUGUCCUGGGCCCCGAGCUUCCCACCAGAUCGCAGUCUCACUAGGUGGGACCCCUCCCUGUAUACCCCGUGCUCCUGUGACUGCCCCCACUUCUUCCACUAUGGUGGAGAAAAACAGCCUUCCCCGGGACUAUCAGCCAGUGUGGCCCUCUAUUUCCUUGUGGUACCGAGUGUCCCUGAGGCUGGGGUGGUCUUUUUCAAACGGUAAAUUGCAGGGGCAAGAGCAUAGCCCCACGAUAGGUGGGGCUUGAGGUCUUCUUAGGGUUCCCUACGAAUGCGUAUUGCCCACGCCGCAGUAUUAAUGGCUCCUGGCCUGGCACUCUUUCCCCAAGCCCUGGUCCUCCCCUCCCCUAAGACUGUAAAUGUCUAAAAGCGCCCAGCCCAUCCAAUCCUCUCCCGUUCUGCGUGCCCCAUGUCAGUCCUGCCUUCUUCCUAACCUUGCUAAAGCAAAAGUCCUGAUCAGGGGGCUCUGCCUGGCCCUUGUGCUCUGCCCACCCCUUCCCUCCCCCGCCCUCAGUCCGGCUACACCUGCCCUCUCUGGCUGCUUCCUCUCGGUGUUUUUUGUUUUUUGUUUUGUUUUUUUUUCAACGCCAAAACAGACGGGGAGGGAACAAAAUAAAGCGAAAUCC